AUGAUCAUCAUUGAGCGGCAAGACGGCGAGGGUGAUGCCGAUGACAACGGAGCACUGCAAUAUCAGAGGCUUGUGCCCAGAAACGAGGACUUACCCAUAUACAGUCUCGCGGAGUUCAACGAAAAGGUGGGGAUCGUUGUUUGGGGGGCUGCCUUCCCUAGUCCGUUGAAAUACUCGGUGCGAACAUUCGGUUCGAUCGCCCUUCCUCCCUUCGCCUUGGCUCGCAAGGUACUGAACGGCCAGAGCUGGUUGCUCGUGGACGACGCUAUCCUGGACGUGCCCGAGUUCGCGGCCCGGCACCCGGGGGGCUGGCGCCUCAUCAUCAACGCCCCGGGCACCGACGUGACCGACGAGCUCCUCGGCGAAGACAUGUCUGUGGGGCACGCCAUGUCCUUCUCUCCGAAUGUUCACAGCGAGGUUAGCCAGAUUGUCGUGUUUGUCGUCAGAGCCUGGACUAUCCUGAAAAGGCUGGUGAUUGACUACAUUGACGAGGAUGAUGAACAAGAGGAAGACGACGGCAGCGAGAAUGUCGAUGGCGGCAAGCCGUCCUCUGCGGGACGGAAGCCGGCGGAGAAGAAGUUCACCAUCGCCGGGCAGUCGGCCCUGUUCAUUGGCACGAGGGGGUCCAUCCGGCCCGUCUUCAGCGGCGAUGCCUUGCCUCCUCGCCGUGUCCUUCCGAAGAGGAGCACCUCUGACAGUGGGCGGUCCCUGGAUCGUUUCCACGUGUGUCCCCUGCUUUUUCGGGAGAUGAUGGGAGCAGUCAGCGCUUUCGGGCGAGGCUACUUGCCCACCUCCCGCCCAGUGUACCGAUAUAUGUUCCUGUGCCCCGGCCGGGCUCAAAUUCUGGCGCAGUCAAUCACUACCGGGGUCUGCUAUUUCAACAUGCGGGCUCAGGAGAAAGGACAUGUAUAGUCUACAUCCGGUUUUUUGAAGUUGGGUAAUCGUACAGGCAAGAACUCCACUGUCCACGGCGGCAGUAUCGUGUUUGGAUACUUUGCAAAUCGUCCCAAUGUUUGUAUUAGAAGUAUACUAUUUUAGAUACUUAAGUACUAAAUUGCAGAGAGCUGAUGACGCGUUUACAUCUUGAUUUUAGGAUGCUUUCAGCUUUUUUUUUGCUUUCGUUGUGUGUUUUGUUGCCCGUUCUAAUCCAAUACAAGAUUUCGGCGCGUCAAUAUCCACAAGUGUUGGGAACAUUGGCACAACAGCAUUAUUGCGCACCUUCUACCACGCGUGUUCAACAUAUGACAGUGGUGUACGGCAUCAACCGGCCUGCAGAUAGAUCACAUCCUGCAGAAAUGUCACAUCCGUACAUUCGCCGUGCAUACGGUGCGUCGGUGAUCUACAGCACAAACCGUCAUUUGCAAGCAUGAACACGUGUCUGUAUGGUACACCUCCAUCACAAACCGUCCUUCGUGCGUAGGGAUAUGUGUCUGUAUUACACGCCAGCGGUAUGUCAUCGUGGCAAGUUGUUCAACGGAAUCGCCCUUCAACCCGAAUCUCACCGGAUGUUUAUCCAAUCAGAUGAUCAAACACAUCAUUUCAAAAAGAGUAGUGGCCAAAAUCGGGAACACCCGGCCCCAAUCCGGCCAUUAUCGGGUACACUUGUUUUACACAGUCGGCAGCGCGCUACUGGCGCCAUUUGAUUGGCCGACGCCUGCCCCUACCCGGCCUUGACCCUGUUCCCACCGGGGGUACCCGAUCUUACUCUCGUCUACCCGAAAAUGACUGGGCUAUUCGACCAACAGUCCACCAGCAGACCACGCUCACGAACACACGUCACCAACACCCCACACUCGAGUUCCGACGCUUGCGACGGCGGGCGGAGGCGGACCUAA